AUGGACACUCAAGAGACUCCGUCGGAACAGGAGUGGCGAUUGGUCGGACCCGACCAACGCCUGAAAGAUAACAUCACAGUCGUAAUGAAGUUCACUGACGGCACGGCCCUGGGGACCCUCCCGCCUGAUACAAUCGGCAGUAGCGUUCUCCAAGCAGCCGGCCUCAACUCGGCUGAAAGAAAAGACACCUUUAUCAAGAUAAGAACGAUCCAAAAUCUUAUCGCGAUAGACACCUACCGCCAGUCGGCAGCGGAGAAGAUUCUCCGUCUCCAAGAAAUCCAGAUGCAUGGUCAAACGCGCAGCUUGAUCGUCUAUCAAGCCAGUGGAAAAGACACAAUCAAGGGAGUCAUCAAUGGUAUCCAAGUGUCUGUCCCAGACGAAAUAAUCCAACGCUCACUGGAGGUCCAGGGAGCCAAGAUCCUCCAAGCGCGAAGAAUCGCAUCGUCAAAAACUAUUUUGAUAACCCUGGAGGGCAACCGCCUUCCCCGAUAUGCUCUUUACGGUAGGGUAGUCAUGAGACUAUACCCCUACCGACCCAGAAGCCUUUUCUGUCACAUCUGCGCCGUCAUAGGCCACCGAGCAGAUGUAUGCCCCAACAAACCCCAUUUCACCACCUGUCUUAACUGCGGAACCAAGCACCCACCGGGAUCAUCGGGAAACACGCCCCACAACUGCGAGAUUCAGUGUCAAAACUGUGGAGGGGAACAUCCAGCUAACUACCCCCAAUGCCCAGCACGUCAAGAGGCAGACCACGCUCGAAGGGAGGAAGAGCGCAACAGGAAGUGGCGCCAACAAGCCCCACCUAAGAAAGACCCUCAAACACACACUAGAGGAAGAUCGCGGAACCGUGACAGGUCAUAG